UAGCUCCCAAUAACUCACUCCAGAAAUCUCGCGUCGAUCACAUUCAACCGAUUAAUACUUAAAUUGUCUAAUAAAAAUGGUAACAUAGCAAAUUCGAUAAAAUAUCCCAAUUCCUAUUUCAACGCAUAACCUCGCCGCCGCCGUCGCCGGAAAAUGGAGAUGAAGAAGGAACACAUCUUCCGUUCCCAACUUCCAGACAUCGACAUACCAAAUCAUCUCCCAAUACACGAGUAUUGCUUCCAAAACAUAUCCAAACACUUUACCCGCCCUGCAAUUAUCAAUGGCCCCACCGGCGACGUCUUCACCCACUCCCGCGUGGAGCUCACCGCCAGAAGAGUCGCCGUCGGCUUCCACAACCUCGGAAUCCGGAAAGGCGACAUCGUUAUGCUCGUCCUCCACAAUUCUCCGGAAUUCGCCUUCGCACUCCUCGCCGCCUCCUUCAUCGGCGCCACCGCGACCACCGCGAAUCCGCUCUACACCGCCGCGGAAAUCGCAAAUCAAGCGAGGAUAUCGAAGCCUCACCUCAUCAUCACCCACGCCUGCUACAUCGACAAGGUAAAACUCACCGCGACUGAAAUUAGCGCCAGAAUUGCAACAAUUGAUGCUCCGCCAUCGCCGAAUCUAAUUGAUUUCUCCGAUUUGAUGAGAUCGGACGAGAAAUUGCUACCGAAAGUCGAAAUCGAUGCGGAAGACACGGCGGUUAUGCUCUUCUCCUCUGGAACCACCGGUCUCCCCAAGGCGGUUAUGCUGAGCCACAAAAACAUCGUGACCUGCAUCUCGCAGCAAAUCGACGGCGAAAAUCCGGCCGUCCACACCGAGCCGGAGGACCUAACGAUCUGCAUUCUGCCAUUGUUCCAUUGCUACUCUUUAAUUUCGAUUCUUCUCUGCAAUUUGCGAGCAGGUGCUGGCAUCGUUGUUAUGCCGAAAUUCGAAAUCAACGAGCUACUGAAACUGAUACAGAAAUACAAAGUGACUCUAGCGUCGUUCGUGCCGCCGAUACUUCUGGCGAUCGUGAAGAGUCCGGCGGCGGCCUCCGACUAUGAUCUGUCGUCGGUGAGAAGAGUGGUUUGUGGCGCGGCGCCGAUGGAUAGACGGCUCGAGCUUUCAGUCCAAGCCAAGCUGCCCAACGCAAUUAUUGCACAGGGAUAUGGUAUGACUGAAGCUGGAGUAGUAACAACGAGUCCCGGUUUUUCGAAAUUUCCUCGAAAAUUCAAACCCGGUUCGUGCGGAACUGUCAUUAGAAAUUCGGCGAUAAAAAUCGUCGACCCCCUGACGGGGGCAUCUCUUCCCCGGAAUUCUGCAGGGGAGAUUUGCACCAAAGGUGACUCUGUCAUGAAAGGUUAUUACAAGGAUGAAGAAGCGACGAGGAGGACGAUAGACGAGGAGGGAUGGCUGCACACAGGGGACAUCGGGUAUGUUGAUGAGGAUGAUCAAGUGUUCAUCGUGGAGAGGCUAAAGGAACUCAUAAAGUACAAAGGUUUUCAUGUAGCGCCCGCGGAGCUUGAAGCGCUGCUCGUCUCCCAUCCUGCUAUAUCCGAUGCUGCCGUAGUCCCGAUGAUGGACGAGGCUGCCGGAGAAGUUCCCGUGGCGUUUGUGGUUCGAUCCGCCGGCGGUGGUAACAUCUCAGAACAUGAAAUAAAAGAAUAUGUCUCCGAGCAGGUGGCAUCGUACAAGAGGAUUCAUCGUGUAUUUUUCAUUGAUGAAAUUCCUAAAGCUCCAUCGGGUAAAACUUUGAGGAAGAAUCUGCGAUCAAGAAUUUGAAUCUAAAUUUUUCCGAGCUUCAAGUUAAUUUCUCUACAUGGACGACAAACGAAGCUCACAUAACUUCUUAGUGUUUUGAAUUAAUUAAACAAAAUAAUAAUAAUAAUAAUAAUAAUAAUAAUAA